UCACUCCGGAGGGCUGGGCCCGCCCACCCCACCUCGGUCUCGGGCUCUCUUCCUGCGCAGUUCUUCGCAGCCUCCGCGGGGAAGUGCCGGGGCAGCUCCCUGGGCUCAGUUGGCAGGAGCGCGAGAAGGCAGCCCCGGCGAGCGGCCGUGCGCACCGUCUGGAGUGAGCAGGGAGCGGGAGUGCGUUGUUCUCUUGCCCGAGCAGGAGCAGCUCCUGGGCCAGCAGUGGCCGCCACCCCGACUUUCGUUCCCGUUGAGGCUCCUCCCGGGCAACAUGUCAAAAGCCGCCACCACUACAGCUGCCGCCGCCACCUGGGGAAGAGCAGCGGCGGCGGCGGCGGCGGCUGCGGGCGCGCGGGGGCAAUAAGCCGAACGACCCGGGCGUCCCGCGGGCCAGGGAACCCUCUCCGCGCUCACAGCUCCGGCGGGCCCCGCGCCAUGUGCUGAGCCAUGUCCCUCGCCGCGCCCCCGGGCUGCGCAUGGGGCAGCGCCUGAGCGGCGGCCGAUCCUGCCUCGAUGUCCCCGGCCGGCUCCUGCCGCAGCCGCCGCCGUCCCCGCCACCGGUGAGGAGGAAGCUCGCGCUGCUCUUCGCCAUGCUCUGCAUCUGGCUCUACAUGUUCCUGUAUUCGUGCGCCGGCUCGUGCGCCGCCGCGCCGGGGCUGCUGCUGCUGGGCUCGGGGUCCCGCGCCGCCCACGCCCCGCCAGCCCUGGCUCCGGGUCCCGAUGGGACUGCCCCCAGGCUGCCGUUGCAGGCGGCGCCGGCCACCCCGCUGGCUGCGGGCAAGGAGCCGGCCGAGGGCGCCGCGAGCCAGGAGGAGCAGAGUCCCGAGACGCCGGACUCCCCCAGCUCCAUCUCCAGCUUCUUCAGUGGGUCCGGGAGCAAGCAGCUGCCGCAGGCCAUCAUCAUCGGCGUGAAGAAGGGCGGCACGCGGGCUCUGCUGGAGUUCCUGCGCGUGCACCCCGACGUGCGCGCCGUGGGCGCCGAGCCCCACUUCUUCGACCGCAGCUACGACAAGGGCCUCGCCUGGUACCGGGACCUGAUGCCGAGGACCCUGGAGGGGCAGAUCACCAUGGAGAAGACACCCAGUUACUUCGUCACCCGCGAAGCGCCCGCGCGCAUCUCGGCCAUGUCCAAGGACACCAAGCUCAUCGUGGUGGUGCGGGACCCGGUGACCCGAGCCAUCUCGGACUACACGCAGACGCUGUCCAAGCGGCCCGACAUCCCCACCUUCGAGAGCUUGACGUUCAAGAACCGCACGACGGGCCUCAUCGACACGUCGUGGAGCGCCAUCCAGAUCGGCAUCUACGCCAAGCACCUGGAGCACUGGCUGCAUCACUUCCCCAUCGGCCAGAUGCUCUUCGUGAGCGGGGAGCGGCUCAUCAGCGACCCGGCCGGCGAGCUGGGCCGCGUGCAGGACUUCCUGGGCCUCAAGAGGAUCAUCACCGACAAGCACUUCUACUUCAACAAGACCAAGGGCUUCCCCUGCCUCAAGAAGGCCGAGGGCAGCAGCAAGCCCCACUGCCUGGGCAAGACCAAGGGCAGGACCCACCCCGCGAUCGACCGCGAGGUGGUGCGCAGGCUGCGCAAAUUCUAUCGGCCGUUCAACUUGAAGUUCUACCAGAUGACCGGCCAGGACUUCGGCUGGGAUUGAUCGACCCCCGGGCCGUGUGACUUACCACUCGGCUUAUGUAUCGAGAGAGGUUAUAUGUAUGUAAAAUGUACAGAAAUCUAUUUUAUAAUAAUUUAUUUUUAAUUCAUAAGCAAUUAACUCACUCAGCUGCCUAGCCACACUCUUUAGAGAGUUAGUCUCAUAAUCUGUUAACAUUCCAAAGUGUUUAAUCUUUUCUUUUCUUCAUGAUUGAUGGUGCUUCCGUCCCCCCCCCCCCCCUGCCCCUACCCAUUCUAUUUAAAAAGAAGAAAAGCACAACUUGAGAUUUUUGUUGUUACGGGUACGCAGCCUUCAGUCGCUGUCUGAGUUCACUUGCCAUCUCCCUGUGUCUUGGGUCUUGUAGUCCAGCUGCCAUUCCUCCCUCCCUGCCCUCGUACCUCCGAGGAGCGCCCAGCUGCCCCAGCAGCUCGGCUCCCUCAAGGUCAUGUCUCGUGUAGCAUCCUCCUGCCCGUGUGUCGACAUUUCGAAGGACGUAGAGGCCAGACCACAGCGCUAGGCUUUCCGCCCCGAGUCUACUCAGCUCGCGGGGGGGUCACUACCUUGGUAGGGACACGCGCCUCCUCUCUGGAGUCUGCGUCCCAGGGUCCGUUUACUUCAGCUCAUGAUUUUGAGAGAGAGCCCUGCGUCCCCUUCUGCCCCGGUCCCUGGUUCUUAAAGCUGCUUGAAGCGUAUGCAGAUGUUAUAGCCCCUCUUUCCCAGGUCACGUGUGUGAGAUGCUUGGGUGCUGCUUUAGAACUAAAGACGACCUCUCCUUUGCACGAGUGCACCGUGCUCGGUCCUCCAGGCCGACAGUUCUGCUCUGACGCACCAAAGAAUCCCCUAGGCUAGCAGAACCAUCAGCACAAACCCGCAGGUGCCGGGUGUCCAGACCCAGAGGGCUCAGGUGCAUCCCACGCCCUCAGAGCCCCCCAAGGUGCUGCUGGGUGCCGAGCCAGCCCGUGUGGGGCACAUCCCAGUAGUAGGCGGACCACCUCAGUGGGGAGAAAAGCCAAAAGAGCACCAGAAGGACAGGCGGCCUGGCAGAAGAAGCAAGUCCCUGGCCCCCUGCUUGAUGUCUGGAACUCGCCUCCUUGGAAUUCCUAGCUCAUCACAGACUGACAGCACAGUCUGUCGCCAACAGCCAGACAGCGAGCAACAGGAGUGGCUCUUGCAGAGACAAGCUGGGGGAAGAACGUUGUUGACUGGCGGCCGCCGAACCUAACGAUUAUGAAGAUGUCCCUUGUUUGAGCUAGGUCCCAGGAGAAGGGUCUCCAGUAUUGUCGCUGCUGAUUGCAGAAUGCUCUCCCCUCCAUCCCUCUCUGUUGAGAGAGCAGUUGGAGAUUAUUUUUGACGGUCAGCUUGUGGCAGUCGGGGUCACCAUAUAGCAAUAUCACAGAAUGAACAUGUUCACUGUAUCCUGUUUUCUAAACCGGAAUGCUUCUACCAUAGAAGAAUUUUCAUUUGAGUUAUAGUUGCACCAGGGCUUAUGUGGGAAGACACACACAUUGUCCAAGUGGUUGGGGUGUGAUAUUUACGAAGACAAGAAUUUUCAUUUGAGUUAUAGUUGCACCAGGGCUUAUGUGGGAAGACACACACAUUGUCCAAAUGGUUGGGGUGUGAUAUUUACGAAGACAAGAAUUUUCAUUUUGAGUUAUAGUUGCACCAGGGCUUAUGUGGGAAGACGCACACAUUGGCCAAAUGGUUGGGGUGUGAUAUUUACAAAGGCAAGAAUUUUCAUUUUGAGUUAUAGUUGUACCAAGGCUUAUGUGGGAAGACAUACACAUUGUCCAAAUGGUUGGGGCGUGAUAUUUAAGAAGACACUCUUGUACAUUGGAUGGGAUAGAACUUGCCCCGUUGAGCAAGAAAAUUUGUAUGAAAAGAGAGAGAAAAAAUUCAUCUUUCAAAACGGAUCACCAUGUCACCGGUCCUUGAGUGAUGUCGUUUGGUAAUUGGUUUGUAUUCGCCUACAAGUUUGAGCCCAGACAUAGCUCGCUCACACUGAGCAGCAAAACAAUCAGGAUCAUCGUGUAGGUUCUGGGCAGGAGGAUGGGCACUGGGGCUCCAUGCAUUAUUCCCCAGAUGCUCUGUUCAUUUCAGAGCUUAAUGACUGCCUCUACCAAGUAGUACAGAAGCUGCCUUUAGGGGAAUACCAUAAUCCUAGCACGGUUCUCCCUUCUUGCUGCUUGGGCGUCCAGACAUCUGCAUAAGGGUACUCUAAGGGGUUGUACGUUUUUGCGGUCAGAAAGCUCAUUUGUAAUAAAACGGAGAAUGCUUCUUUCCAGUUACAACGUAACAUCGCUUAAAGUAAAAGUCAGGAUCCACAACCUCCACGGAACCCCGCGCUGACCACUUUCUGGCCACUUUUCGUGCCCUGAUACGGCUCGUGAUGUAGAAUUGCAGAAAAAGCGCAGCGAAGGGUGUGCAGUAGGAAAACAUGCGUACGUUUUUCCUUCCCUUCGGGUCCCUGUUGUCUUUCUAAGCUGGACAGUUUUGAUUAAGUUGUUUAUCCCCUGCCUUACAACUGAAACAGGAAAUCUCCAGAUAGAAGGAGGGUCACUGAGUCAUGAACACUGGAGUCAAGAUUCUAUUCUGGGUCAAAUCCUCGAAUCCAAACAGAUGUUGAUAAUUGGCAAGGACAGACUAGAGUACGUUUUCCUGUAGAAGAUAAAUAAAUGAAGACUUCCAUGCAUCUCUUCAUAGGGGUCUGAUAGCUUACAGUUCCCGACCCCCACAGAAGCGGCAUCUGCCCCACGGUUACACCCCGUCAUGUGAUAGUUAUUAUUGAGCCGGGGCGCAUAUGUCCUCCCACAGAAGUUAAGCAACACGUACAAUUCAGCCUUGAGUUUCUUCCUGUUCUAGCAAUCUCCAAGGCCACCAGCUCAAGUUCUUAGCUGCUAGAAGACAAACACCGGUUUGUGUUUUGGCACUUUGUCCCUAUGCACGCUUUGGGUUUUUUCCAGUUUACAGGGAAAACUGAUAAUUCACUGGGGGUACUUUAUUCCUCUCCGUUUCAUUUGCUUGUUAAAAAGAUUAACAAACAAAAAAAAGAAAUUGGAGGUUUUUAUUGUCCCUGUCUACCCCAUGCUUGCUUUGAGGUGUUUGGUAACUUGGGAGGUGGUACCUGGAAAGGUAUUUAGGAUAUAGUGACUGCAUAAUAAAUACUUGGAUGACGGAGGAAGAGACAUUGUCUUUUUCACGGGAUUCUCUUCGGAAGUCAUUUUGAGUGACAGAUACAUUUUAGGCCUUUGGAGAAACAGUUUCAGAUCCUGCCAGGAUAUUUACAUAAGAAAGGAAAAUGGAAGGUUCCAGUAGACUAGAAAUACUUAGCAUGUAUCUCAAACGCUGACACAGACGUCCGUGUGAUUUUUCUUUUUCAGUUUCUCAAGAAGGAUGGUCAAUUAAACUGAAAGGUGUGGUUAGAUGUUUUUUUUUCACUUUUGUAACAUUAAUUUAUGACUGAGUUCAUUCAGCCCAGUAAUCUGAAAUACGGUGCAAAUUCUAGCCGUGUGUCUUCUAUAACCUGGAUGUUAGAAUAGCCAAUAUGUACAAAAAGAAUUAAAACAAGUAUUUUGUUCUAUGUAUAACACAAAUUAAUUUUACACAGAGAAAGAUGUUUCUAGGAAAAAGAAAUUCUGGUAAUUCAUACUAUUUCUUUGU